AUGUCUCAGAAUGAUAGCCAGGGGCAAAAGCCAAAAGAACAGUUUUACAGACCAGAACUCAUGCCUGAUGGGCUUGCAAGGGCCACCGGGUACCCGAGCAGGACGGGGUUACUGCACAGCUCUGCAGUUAACAAAGAAAUUGGCAGCCCUUCGUUCCCUGGGCCCAUAAUGGCGGCUACAGCCCUGCCCCAACAAGUCAAGGGCACAAAGGAACUGGAGGUUGGAGGGAGAGAUGUUUAUACUCCUUCCUUGUACGCUUCAGCCCUCGAGCUUCAAAGGGGAAAAGAGAGGACACCCACUCUUUGCAUGAUUGUCUGCCUGGAGGAUAUCCAGACCCAGGUCCCUGGAGGCGGCUGUGAGUUGAAGGACCCAGCCACAGCCAAGACUGCAGCAGGUAAAAACAAGCUCCUGGCCUUAGCCCAGGGUCUCGGGCAACCCCGGCGGCGCCCGGCCUUCGCGGCGGCGGGGAAGACCCUGCAGACUCUGGAGAUUCGAGGUGGCGUAGAGGGGGAGCAGCCGGAGGCGGGUGCUCCCAGCGCACUGGCCCUCGGAGAAGCCGCCCAAUUACGAGCACUCGCCACCGAGGCUCCCGAGACGCCCAGCAGCAAGGGCAGCGACCUGAAGCUUCACCCCCCUCCUUCCUCGACCCGGGUCUCCUCCGUCGAGGCUAGCGCGUCUCAGAGGACCCCAAACCUCGCGCUCCCAGCUCCGGGUCCGGACUCGCCGGCGUCCCCACCCUCCAGCGUCGCCGCCUGGCGCCGGCUUCUCGCUCCUCUUGCCCUCGUCGUCCCGCGUCCGGAAGCGCGAUGGCCUCACCGCAGCCCCGGGUAUGACAGCUGGCUGGCAUACGCAAGGAAGUCUGUGUGUAACCCCGACAGACGGAAUCAGCACCGAAGGAGGCAAAGCAAAAGUGGAGAGACCCAGGGAGUACGAUGAAGAAACUGAGGCGCAGAGAGUGAACAACUUGCCCAAUUGGCCCAGCAGAUGAGUAGCGGGGCCAGGUUCCAACCCUGGUCAUUGGUUUGCAUUUCAAUUCUACACCUGCUGUUUUUCAUAAUAACAAAAGAAAAUGUUCAACCCAUUCUUCAUUGUCAGAAUUUCAUUACCAAGGUUGAAAUAUAAUAUAAAAGAUAU